AUGAGAGCGGAAGCAUGUCACAAAUGGUCAAAGGUGUUAGCGGAACAGGAUUUUGAUGAUUUUAUAACAGUUGAAAGAGGAGGAAAAAGAGAGGAUGCAUUUUGGAACGUAUACCCAGAUUUGGAAAUGGAAGCCAGAUUAUUUGUUUAUGAUCAAUGUGCCAAAAAAGAAGCUUCGUUCACUGCAGACACACUUGCAAGAUUCAUUGAUGCUCGUUUUUACGAAAUUACAAACACCAAGAAAGUUGCUACAGGAUUAAUUAGAUCAGUUGGAAGUUGGAGAUUAGAUAUUCGUCACUUUGGUGUAAAGUACACAGGAAACCAAGGUCGACCAUAUUUCUUAGGUCAUGAACGUGAAGAUGUAGUGAAACACAGAGAAGAAUUUGUUAAAUAUUUCAUUGAACAUUGA